CGGAAGCGAAAGCGAAAGCGAAAGCAUGGGAAGGCUAAGGAGCACGUGUUUUUGAAUAACUGCCAACAGAAUAUAAACACAAUGGCGGCAACGAAGCGGGUGGAGGGCACAGUUAGUUGUAUUUUGAUGAGAGGGUUGUAUGUUAUGGUAUUAUUUAUGAUGAUUGGCAACGUAAGAAAUGGCGAUUCGUACCAAAGAGUCAACAAGGACUGUACAGUUGUCAUUGCUUUUCUAGUAAGAAAUAAAGCUCACACAUUGCCAUAUUUUUUGACGUUACUUGAGAGGUUAGACUAUCCAAAAAACCGAAUUUCUUUAUGGAUUCGUAGUGAUCAUAAUGAAGACAGAACUUUAGAAAUCUUGAAGAUUUGGCUCUCGUCUGUUAAGAGUCAGUACCAUUCUGUAAAUGCAGAGCUUCUGUCUUCUCCUCCUGAACGGCUGCCUGAAGAAAAGGGACCAGCUCAUUGGCCUUCUUCACGGUUCACACAUAUUAUUCAGUUGCGUGAGGAGGCUUUGGUUGCUGCCAGACAGAUGUGGGCUGACUAUAUAUGGUUCCUUGACAGCGAUGUCUUCAUAACAAACCAUGAAAUUUUGAAGUUGCUCAUUUCAAAAGGCCAUACUGUGGCAGCACCAAUGCUUAAGUCUGACGGGAUGUACUCCAAUUUCUGGUGUGGGAUGACAGAAGAAUAUUACUACCUCCGAACUGAGGACUACAAGCCUAUCUUGCAACGUGAACGUGUGGGUUGUUUUCAUGUGCCAAUGGUUCAUUCCUCGGUACUCAUUGAUCUUCGCCGAGCCUCCUCAAAUGGCCUUACUUUUGUGUCCAGUGAAGUGCCUGAUUAUAAGGGACCACAUGAUGAUAUUAUCACAUUUGCCCUUGCUGCUAAUAAGUCUGGUGUACCACUAUAUAUUUGUAAUGAUCAUAUUUAUGGUUUUGUUAUGGUUCCACUGGAACAAAGUGAUUCCUUACAACUUGACUUCAUGCAAUUAACAAAUUUGAAACUGGAAGUGUUAGUUGAAAAUUCCCCUCUACCAGUGAGUGAACUUUUAGCUCAAUUUGUGAGCCAUCCAGAACGAGACACCAUGGGUUUUGACAAUAUCUAUAUGAUUAAUCUUCUCCGACGACCAGAAAGGAGAAAAAGAAUGCUGAAUUGCUUUAAGGAACUUGGCAUUCAUGCAACCAUUUUGAAUGCUGUCGACGGACUGUUACUGAACGAAAGUUCACUGCAAGAGUGGGAUAUCCACAUGCUGCCCGAAUACACUGACCCUUACCAUAAAAGGCCUCUGACAAUGGGCGAGAUUGGCUGCUUCCUUAGUCAUUAUAACAUUUGGCGGCAGGUUGUUGAACGCGGCUACAACGAAGUGAUGGUCCUGGAGGACGACAUCCGCUUCGAGCCGUUUUUCCGUCAGAAGAUGGCUCACAUGAUGGCCGAAAUACAUGAGCUGCACAUCGACUGGGACCUAGUUUACUUGGGACGUAAGCGUCUGCACGAAUCCGACGAGCCAUGGGUGCCGGGGUCACGGUACCUGGUUCGAGCCGGCUACUCGUACUGGACACUAGGUUAUCUGCUGAGUCAGAGUGGUGCCCGGAAACUGCUUGCUGCGCGGCCGCUAGAGAAACUGGUACCUGUAGACGAGUUUCUGCCUAUCCUAUUCGACAAACAUCCCCAAGACACGUGGAAAGGCUACUUUCCGCACCGGGACCUGGUGGCCCUCUCAGCGGCUCCGCUUCUUGUGUACCCCACCCACUACACUGGGGAGGAGGGUUACGUCAGCGACACAGAGGACUCAACCCUUAUAAAGCCUACUCCUCCAUCAUCUACAAAAGAAGAUCUGUGACUUCCUGACCAGAAGAUUUGGCUCGUAUUAUCAGUGUCCUGAUUUGAAAUUUCUAACAUCAAACUUACGUUAACGAAAGGCAUGUUGUUAAUGGCAUAUACUCUAUUCCUGCUCAUGUUGAAGUGAAUAUUGUCACGUACAUGGGUGUGACUAUAGACGGGGUUUUGGAUAAUUAAGAAUUAUUGACGACUUACAGGUCGUAACUGCAAAUAAUUAUAUCGCUAAUCCCCACACUUUACAGACCACUGCUGCGAACACUAAGUCUUCUCAGUCCGUUUUCACUAGUCGUUUUCUAGUAACGGGUCUUAAACAUGGCGAUUCUUCCGCUCCUGUGCUGACGUCGUUACUGUUCAGCGAAUAACCCACAACUGAACAUUUCAGCCUUCCUCGCAGAGCUCAACUGAAGUGCCAAACCUCAUCUCUCUUCUUUAUAACCACUUUGCAUGGACCGAAUAGGAAACAGCAUUCCCAACAAUACCUCUUGUUAUAGAAGUGUGUUUACCUCGCCGUUGCAUAGAAAUGACAGUUCUUUUGUUGUUGCGUGAGCGUUCAUCUCCGCGGCAACCCGCCCACUGAGCAGUUGCCUAGCAAUAGAUCGGGUUUUGUUCAAGUGUUUACCGGCCGUUACUCGUAAACGGUCGUUGUCUAAUCUCCUGUCUUGCAGCAAUGACUGCACUCGCUACAAUAUGAUAUAAAAAGAGUCAGCCACAAUACGUUCUCUUGUCACAUAAUUUAAAUGCAGAGUGUAAAAGUGUUUCUCAGCCUAUUCAGAAUUUACUGUUAUUGGAGUUCAAAAUAAAAUUAAAAAUUACAUGAAGCUCCAUAACCCGGUUCAAAAUUAGUUUUUCCCAUCGGUUUAUAUACCCGUAAAGCAUGUUAAUUUGUUGAUUUUCAGUUUUUCCUUUCGUCGAAUAUAACACAAAGUGUUUACUGGAAUUAAGAUAUAAAUAAGGCAUUCGAUCGAGUAGUAUUUCAGUCAAAUAACCGUUUAUCAUUAAUCAGUUGAUAAAUUUAAGGCGAUUAUAAUUAUCCACAGAGAACGGUUAUUAUUACAAUAGGCUACAUUAUAUUCGAAAUCCGAUGUUACGAAAAUUUUUGUUUAGAAUUU